UAACAAGUUUUAGCGCGGUUUCCAAACUUGGCUGACGCUGAGUACUUACUAGCGUCAGUAUCAAUACUUACCAGAUACCACAAACAAUCGAAGUGGUCAUACUUUUGCUAUACACGGGCGCUUUUGAGGGGACAAUUACACACCUCCAUCACUCAAUUCGGAUCGAGCCGAGCAUGGCUGUUGCCGCACGUGCUACCUCGUCGGGCUAUGUCGACCCUAACUUCCCCAACCCGGGCGGCAAGUGGGAUACCUACAUAAUCAUCUACGGAUAUACACCAUCGUUUCCAUUGGCAGUCUUUGCCGCCGCCUGGUUCGCACUUUUUCUCGUCGUUCAUAUCAUCCAAAACGUCCGGUUUCGUUCAUGGUAUUUCGCAACUUUCCCUGUUGGACUGUUGUUCGAAGUCGUUGGUUACAUAGCGCGAUUGCUUUCAGCCAAGAACGAUCCUUAUAACUUGAUCUACUUCAUCAUCCAAUACUUCUUCAUCGUUACAGCCCCGGUGUUUCUGUCCGCCGGAAUAUACACCAUCCUUUCCGCGAUAAUUUCAAGGAUUGAGAAUGGAAGGCGAUACGCAUUUCUCUCGCCAAAGUUCAUUAUCUGGUUCUUUGUCGUGUCCGAUGUCAUCUCCACGAUCCUCCAGAUCACAGGUGCUGCCUUGAUCGGUGUGAAGGAGUCUCGGCGCCAGGAUCCAACAACGGCGAAUAACAUCCUGCUCGGAGGUCUUGCCUAUCAGGUUUUCUCCCUAGGCAUCUUUCUGAUCCUAACAAUCACGCUCUUGUUUCGUGGACGCCGGGCAAUCAGAAACGCUGGAUUAUUAGGAUUUUAUCUUGUUCUACUAGCUUCAACGGUCUUGAUCUAUCUGCGUACUUGUUUCCGACUUGCGGAAACAGCCGACGGCCUGGGAGGUUCGCUGUACACGAACGAGAUCUUGUUUGCUUGUCUCGAAUUCGCUCCUGUAGCAGCCACUGUGCUGCUUUUUGCCGUCUGGUAUCCCGGCAGGUGUGUGGGGAGGAGCAUCGUGCCGCCAGGAGCGUUGCGGGCAAAACCGUCGCCUUCUUCUAUAUAAUGCCUUUUCAGGCAUCCGUGUAACUUGAAGUAAUCCAUACAAAACUUGCCCGAAUACACCUCGGGCGUUGUUUUUAACGAGAGUGCCUUGUGCCUCACUCCUGUGACUGUUUAUGAUGAUGAUGAUGAUGAUGAUGAUGAUGAUGAUGAUGAUGAUGAUGUCUCCUCAAUGCCAUGAGCCUUUCUCCAUUGCCGCGUCACCGCUACGAGCACAGUUCAUUCAAGC